AUGCGUCUUCUUUCUCUCCUCCUUUUCUACCUUCUCCUGCCCCUGAUUGCUGCCAAGUUCAGCCCCAUCUGCAUCCGGGUGCUGGGUGCCCUGACCAGCCGCCCCAACGACCUGUUCACCAAGUUUCAGCGCGAAAUCUGCGACCAAGGUUGCCAGCCCACCGUCCCACACUGGGACCUGUGGACGCGCAACCACACCUUCCUCCCUGCGGUGCGCAGUCUCAUGGAGCGCGUCGAUAACCCGCGUCAGGAGGCGGCAAUGGUGCGGCUGGGUGACGAUGUGGCGGACGUGAUCAAGCGACAGUGCGGGCCGCUGUUGCAGGGGCGCGAUAUCUGCGCGGAUGGAGAGACAUUGGCGGCGUUUGGGACGUGCUUCAAGAAGGGGUUUGUGCGAGCGGCAUUGACCAACCUGGCGACGUUGCUGCCGUUGGCGUCGGAGCCGGUGUGUCGGGAGCAGUACGAGUGGUUGCAGAAGGAUGAACUAUGGGAGGAGAUCAUCCCGGGCAAGAUGCGGGAAUACGCGGGGGUGUGUCGGGGAUUAGGGGGGAUGAUGCCAGUGGAAGAGAUGUUUUCAGGAUAG